AUGACGACUUCAUCAAACCGUGACUACUUUUUUCAAACCACUGCUGCCCUUGAUGAGCAGCAGCGGAAAGAGGCGAAGUCUAAGAAUAGCCACGGCGAUCCGAUCAAACUAGAGAGUAAAAUUCUCGCGAUUUUUGCAGACAAAUGGAAUCCAGGAUCUGUGUAUGUAGCGCAGAGCAACGGCAUUGUGCGGCGAGUUGUGCUCGAGACUGGUCAGACCAACGCACUGUAUAAGGGGCCCGAAGCUCCCCUGACCAGUCUUUGUGUCAGUCCGGAUGGAAAAGUACUAUUCGCUGGCUGUUGGGAUAAAACUGUUUGGAGCUGGGACGUGGUUUCCCGAGAGCCGCGCAGACAGUAUGAAGGACACAGUGACUUCGUCAAAUCUGUCAUUGCGAUGAGGAUAGACGGGAAAGACCUUCUCGUCUCAGGCGGUGCAGACGCCAAAGUUCUCGUGUUCGAUAUUGAGACCGGGGAGCGAACCAGAACCUUCAAGGGCCAUCUUCGGGGCAUCCUCGAUCUCGCGGUCGACCCCGGGAGUGAGACACCCGAAGUCGUUGUGUUCAGCGCUGGAAGUGAUCGUGCCAUUCGCCAAUUCACGCUCACUGGUGGGGAUGAUCUAUCUGAGCCAAUUCUACUUCACAAGACCAGUGUGAACAAGCUCUUCUUUGACGCAGACGGAGACUUGUGGACAGCGUCCGCCGAUAGAACAGCCAAAUGUCUGGUCAGAGCAGACGGGUGGAAGGACAAUCUGUCUCUUGAGCACCCUGACUUCGUGCGAGAUGUCCUCAUUUACGAAGACGGAGGCUUGGUCAUCACUGCUUGCCGAGACGAGGAGGUUCGUGUUUGGAACCGAUCUACCGGUCAACUGCACCACACCUUCUCGGGCCACUUCGAGGAAGUGACUGGUCUCGCUUUGGUUGGUUCGACCGUUGUUAGUGUCGCUAUUGAUGGUACUAUUCGGCAAUGGUCCGUCCGACCCGAUGAGCUACAAAAGGCCGUGGACCUUUCCAGGAACGGACCAAUUGUCGAGAAGAAGCCAGAAAACGAGCCCGUACUCACAGUAGAAGAGGAGCGAGAGCUGGCCGAACUGAUGAGGGAAUGA